UUCGUAUUGAAUUGUAAACAAACUUAAAAACCCAGUAGUGCCUGUUACACUUUUAAACACAAAGGAGUCCUUGUUUAUUUCCGCUGCAGUGUUAACUGAUGCUAAUGUAAAUAAGGUGACAAGAGGAAAUUCACAUUCAAGCUGUUCCCAAGCAACAGAAAAAACAAUCUACUGUCGGAGAAGGACUACACAACUACUAUUCUACGUUCUGUUGCUAAACUAUUUCUCAGAUUUCUGAUUUGACACUGGACACGAACUCCCAAAAAAAGGACGCCAUAAAUUGAAUGUCUUUGUGGAAGAAUAAUUUGUUUAUCUGAAAUGAUGCUCUAAGUUUGUGGUGUAAGCAUAACUUUAAAUAAAUGCAUGCUCAUGGCUUGAUGAAAUCCAAAAUGAAUUAUGUCAGAGUUUAUUCCUGCAGAGACCAAUGUGAGGCAAUCCUUUAUCAACAUACACCAUAUGAAAGUCAACAUGAGCUUGAGUUUUGCAUUUUAGUUAAUAUUAACCAAUUGGUGUCUGCACAGUGUUCAGUAUUGAAAGAGGAGAGCAGUGAGUCAUACUGGGGUUUUAUAUGACACGCUGUUUCCGUCUGAUAACACUUUAUAUCAGCUCAUCUUUGAACUCACAAGUUUUAAACUCUUUUGAUGAAAGGCCCAGCAAGACAAUCAGCACGGAGCUUUAGUUUUUGUUUAUUUCAGCCUUAACAUUGUGAAAACUUCUACUUGUAGGGCGAUGGAGUUGAUUGUAUGGAGCGAGAUCCUUCUCUCAGUUUACAUCAUUACCUUCCUCAUAGGCCUGCCGGCCAACCUCCUGGCUCUCUACGCCUUCAGCGUCAAGAUCCACUCCAGGCCACUUCCGACAGACAUCCUGCUACUCAAUCUGACUGUCUCUGACCUGCUCUUUCUGAUGACCCUGCCUCUCAAGAUGCACGAGGCAGCGUCAGGCAUGAAAUGGCAAUUGCCCACCUCACUGUGCUCCAUCAACUCCUUCACGUUCUUCUCAACAAUCUACACCAGCUCCCUGCUGCUGAUGGCGGUCAGCGUGGUUCGCUACAUCGGGGUCGCCUUCCCUGUGGCCUAUCAGCGGCUGCUCAAACCUGUGUACGCGAUAGUCACUAGUGCUGUUAUUUGGCUAAUUUCAGCUGCACACUGCAGUAUCGUUUUCAUCACCCAGCACCACCCAUCCCUCGCCAACAAAACCUCCAGUGUCUGCUACGAGAGCUUUAAUGAGAAGCAGUUGGAAAUCCUCCUCCCUGUGCGUUUGGAGUUUUUCAUUGUGCUCUGCUUUGCACCUCUUCUAAUUUGUGUUUUCUGCUACUUGCGCUGCAUUAUGAUCCUGUACAGCCGCCCCAGGAUAUCCCGGAUGCAGAGGCAGAAAGCCAUUGGUAUGGCCACGGGGACUCUAGCUGUGUUUCUCAUUUGUGUGCUGCCAUACAACUUCUCUCAUGUACUGGGUUACUUCCAGGGUGAGAGCCCAAAAUGGAGGUACUACACAUUGCUGCUUAGCACCUUAAACACCUGUAUUGAUCCCAUCAUCUUCUACUUUUCCUCCUCCUCAUUCCACUGCACAAGUAAAAAGUCAAUUUUCAGGAGGCGUGCACUCAAUGUUUCAGGAUUAGAAAGACAGCCCACAAGCACUAGCUAAAUGUAAAUUACAAGUUCAUACAAUAUGGA